AAUGGCAUCGGAAUUAAGCAAAAAAGAGAUUCAAAAGAUAACUAAUACGUUAGUGUGCCUUGCAAAGGGUACUGAAGGCUAUCGCCUAAAAGUCCAUCAACAGAAUGGUGUAAUCGCCGAAGGACUGGUGGAUAAAGUGGACGGUUACAUGAAUUACGAUAUGAGAAAUGUUCGCAUUCAAUUACCAAACGGUUCAAUAGAAAAUUUGGACCAAAUGUUAAUUAAUUCAAGAAAGAUAAAAUAUAUAGAGAUACCAAAAGAGAUGAAUAUAAAAAGAACAAUGGAAAAUCAAUUGAGAGUAUUUAAUAAGCCAGUGCAGAAGUACUUGGGAAAGAAGGGUACAUCAAAUCUUAUGCAAAAGUUGAAAAGGAUCGAUGAUGAUGCUGAUGAUAAUGAUGAUAAUGAUGAUGAUGAUGAUAAUAACAAUAAAAAAUAA